GUUCAGCGCGCGCCUGGGUGAGCACGAGCGUGUGUGAAUGUGCUUCAGACAGUAUGGCUGCCGUUACCAGCACUGUCAGGGUUUGUCCUCACUUUCACCGGGGUAGACAGUAACCUGCAGCGGACAGAAUCGUUCACAUCCCCGAGGGACACCGCCCAGCGACAAGACAGCAGAUGGCUUAACGAGCAGAUUCUUCCCAUAUAGUUACGAGUUGGUACACAGCAGCGAGGGGAGGAGAGGAGCUUCUUGUGUGGAAAUUUCCGUGCAUGUUUUUAAAAAAAGGAGGGGAUUUGUUUUGAUUUGCAGUUCAGAAAGUUCACGCCGCCGCCGCUGCUGCCUGACAGCAACCUCAUUUACUACCUCUAAAACGGGGGGUAGGAUUUUAACCGGGCCCUUGUUUGCUUGGAUGUGGAUCUCCUAUUGGAAUAUACAUGAAGUUGAAGAUGCGUUAGGGAUGCGAAGACUCGAGGUUGCGCGUUUGUUGCUUCGGUAAAUAUUUCUACCAAGACUGUGAAAGGGGAAGAAUGUAGAUUUGUCUGUAUAGACCAAUGUGCUGAAAUCGAUUACCCUCAGGUUUACAGCGCGGGGAGUGGUCUAUUAAAACGAAAGAGUCUCUCUUUUGAAAUAGAUUUUUUGCCAAGAAGAAAACUGAACAAAAGAAAACGUUGUUUUGGAUUAAUGUGGGCUUGGAAUUCUGGCCUAAUAAAAAUAAGCCGAAGAGAGACAUGCUCUGUCAUGAACGUGCUUGAUCUGUAAGGCUCUGUUGAGCUGGGCCGAUUCUGGUAUGAUAAGGUGUUUUUAUUAACCGUGCAUAUAGGUAAAGUUCAAGUUAAUUAUUUAUUGCGUUAUAUUUUAUAAAAAAUACAGCACACCGCUUAAUUAAUAAUGGACUUGCUUCAUAACUAUUACAUAUUCCAAGUUCGUUCUAUCAUAGUACCUAAUGGUUUCUUGUGAGCAAAGCUGUGCUGGAUUGAAGCUGUGGGUAUGGAAGAGAGGAUACUCCUGAUUACUGGCACUGCUAAUGCCUAAGAAUAUAAAAUGACACAAUGAUGGGUGGACCAAGGGAUGGAGCACAAGUAGAUGGUUUGUAGGACUUUAUGUAUAGAUAAUACUUGUAUUUUUUUCUUCGUUGUUAUAUUUCAGUUUUUGGAGGUAGACGUAGUAGUCGUAGUAAAGUCUACCAACCUGGAUCAAGAAGCGUUAACUUUCGUCCCUGGUUGGAGCGACGCCCCCCAGCUGCCAUCAAUGCCUUCUGCAUUGGCAGUCUUUACCUGUCGGCCGAAUUCACAUCCCUUUCAGGAGCGCCAUGUGUACCUGGACGAGCCGGUCAAGAUCGGGCGCUCGGUGGCUCGCUGCCGGCCCGCUCAAAACAACGCGACGUUUGACUGCAAAGUGCUGUCCCGGAACCACGCUCUGAUCUGGUUCGACCACAAGACCGGCAAGUUCUAUCUCCAGGACACGAAGAGCAGCAAUGGCACCUUCAUCAACAGCCAGCGCCUGAGCCGUGGCUCGGAGGAAAGCCCUCCAUGUGAGAUUCUGUCUGGUGACAUCAUCCAGUUCGGAGUGGAUGUGACGGAGAACACUCGCAAAGUUACCCAUGGAUGUAUAGUAUCUACAAUCAAACUCUUUUUACCUGAUGGCAUGGAGGCUCGGCGCCGGUCAGACGUCAUUCAAGCUCCAGUACCACUUCCUGUAGAUAAGGUUGCUGCUAAUACUCCCAUUAUGUAUUCUCAGGAACUGUUUCAGCUCUCUCAGUAUUUACAGGAGGCCUUACACCGGGAGCAGAUGCUGGAGCAGAAGCUGGCAACCCUGCAGCGCCUGCUGGCCAGCACACAGGAGGCAUCAGAGAGCAGCUGGCAGGCUUUAAUAGAUGAAGAUAGGCUGCUUUCAAGGUUAGAAGUCAUGGGAAACCAGUUGCAAGCUUAUUCAAAAAACCAAACUGAAGAUGGCAUUCGAAAGGAGUUGAAAGCAUUGCAAGAAGACAAACACAACUACGAGACAACAGCCAAAGAGUCCCUGAGGCGGGUUCUUCAGGAGAAAAUCGAGGUGGUCCGCAAGCUCUCCGAAGUGGAGCGAAGUCUGAGCAACACUGAGGAUGAAUGUACUCAUCUAAAGGAAAUGAACGAGCGGACGCAGGAAGAGCUGAGCGAGCUGGCCAAUAAGUACAACGGAGCAGUCAAUGAAAUCAAAGACCUUGCUGACAAGUUAAAGCAGGCAGAGGGCAGGCAGGAGGAGACCCAGCAGAAAAGCCUGUCUGAGAAGAAGGAGCAGCAGCACAGGAUUGAAGAGAUGGAGGAGAAGGAGCAGACACUGCAGGCACGCAUAGAGGCCUUGCAGGCAGACAAUGACUUCACCAACGAACGUCUCGCUGCUUUACAAGUACGGUUAGAACAACUUCAAGAGAAAAAUAUUAAGGAACACAACAGUUUAGGAAUCCAGGUUGAGGACAUCUUGCCUACAAUGAAUGGGAGUUCAGUCAAAGACCACUUUCUUUUAAAGAGUGGAGGGGACUGCACUUUUAUCCAACAGUUCAUUGAGUGCCAGACGGUAAAGCAGCUGAAAGGCCCAGUAGAUUCCACACAUAACAACAAGAUCUCCAGUUUGGAAGGUGUUAUUGAAGCUCAUCUAGAAAACAAUCAAACUGCAGAAGAAAAUUUCUUAAGUAGUCCUGAAAGACUCAAAGCCAAGCUUAUAGACGAUGGGCAUCUGAUGAAAGUUAUGGAAGAAACCAAGCUUUUGAAAGAAAACCAAGUAGAUGCAAAGGAAUCGGACAUGUCAGACACACUCAGUCCCAGCAAGGAUAAAAGCAGCGACGACACUACAGACGGUCAAAUGGAUGAACAAGAGCUGAAUGAAUCUCUGACGAAGGGUUCUCUAUUAAAAGAUGAGCUUCGCCGUGUGAACCUGGAGCCUGGGGACAGCGAGCAGGUGAUCCAGCACUUGCACAAGGAGCUGGUGGAAGCGCAGGAGCUAGCCAAGAGCGGCAAACACAAGUGUUUAGAACUGCAAGCGCUGCUUGAAGAGGAGAGACGAGCGAGCAAGCAGCAGACUGAGAACUCUACCAAGCAGAUCCAACUCCUGCAAGCCCAGCUGCACAAGCUGCAGGCAGACGUGGCCACUCUGCGGGAGGAGAAGGAGAAUGACAUCAGCAGCACUCGUGAGGAGCUGUUCCGGGCCCAGGAGGAGGUGAGCGUGAUGAGGAGAGCCAUGGAGGCAGCCACCUCGGAGCGCGAGCGCGAGAUCACAGCCCUGCAGGAGGACCUGAGCAUAGUGCGGGAGGAGCUGGAAAAGUGGCGCACGGCUGCCUCGCAGUACGAGGCUGAGAUAACCAGCCUGCAGGCCAGCUUCCAGCAGCAGAGUCAGCAGAGGGAGAAGGCUGCCAAGCUGCAAGAUGAGCUUGAAAGGCUCCAGAAGGAGUGUGCGACUCUGCAGGGUGAGUGCGCCUCCCUUCAGGAGGAGAAGGCCCCCCUCGUGGGGAAGCUGCAGAGCCUGGAGAAGGAGCUCGACAGCUCUCGCCAGCACAGUGUGGAGCUGACCAGUACCCUGAGUGUGCUGGAGAAGACUCGCAGAGACCUGGAGAGCGAGGCGGGAGUCCUGAAGGAGAAGCACCAGCAGGAUGCCAGUGGUCUCAAGGCUCAGCUUGCAGAGGCCAGCAACCGGACCAAAGGCCUGCAGAAAGAGUUUGAAGAAACUCAGGCUCUGCUCUUAGACCUGAAGGAGAGGUAUGAGAGAACAGAGCAGGAGAAACAGACCAUCACAGACGAACUCCAGCAAUGUAAAGUGAAUUUGAAGCUGCUGCAGGAGAAAGGCGGCCAUCCCUCCAUAUUGCAACCUGUCCAAGCCAUUUUCAUCGGCCUUGUCCUGGCCUUCCUGUAUUGGUGUUUCGGCCCCUUGCGGUAGAAAGGGUCGCUGGUUGCCCUGGAUGCCCGUGGUGGCCGUGCUGGUUGCUGUGACCGUGGUGGUGCUGUACCCUGGCCUGUCAAGGGGCUCUCCCUGAGCAGCCUCCCGAGCACACCGUCCUCACCCUCCCCAUGCUGCUUCCAUCGCGACACCCCGUCGCCUUCCUCCACACCUCUAAUCACAGGCACACACACUCGGCUCUGUCAGAGUGCAACAGUAGGGUCUCUCUGCUUUACCUGUAUAAAAUGGAACUGUACAUAUAUCGAGGGAAUAAAAAUUGUGACUUACUACUUCAACUCUAGGUAAUACAUUAUUUGCAGUUUUUUUUUGUAUGUGUAUGUUGGGAUUCUCAUAAUAUUGUGGUGGCAUAAACUAGGCUUUUUAGGUACCAAACUGUUCUCACAAGUUCAGGUGUGUUUUUACAGCAGGACUUGGUUGCUACAUUAGCUGAGGCAAUGUGGUCCUCUAGGUCAGGGCACAAGGGAGUAAGUUACUAGACACACAUUCACCCAGUCCAUCCCUCAGUGAUGUGCCAUUCUUACCCUCUCUGUGGCUUGAAUGUUUCAGGGGAACAGCUUAGACACUCCUCUACAAGAAAGUACAAAUAAAGAACAAUAUCAUUUCUCUUAUUUAGCUUUCUGAGAGAAUAUGAAAUAAGAACCUUCUAUUAAAAAUGUAUAGGUGCUUUAGCCAGGGUAUAAAAUGAUCUGUACAUUUUUGUAUUGUACCUUCAAAAUUAAGACUUCCGUGCAUUUAUAAAAAAACACUACGUAGCAGUUUGGGGUGUCAGUAUUUUUGUUAAAGGAGUCCUCUGCAGUAGCUGGUACAGUGACAGAGAUAACCGCAAUUCAGCGAUGUGCAAUCUUCUCGCAUAUCCUCUCCACAUCAACUCCCACCCGAUUUCAGGGCUGCUUAUAAAUGCCUGAUUACUAAGUUAUGUUGUUUUGAGAAGCAGUGCCACAUGCAAGGUCACCACUGUAAAGGAGGUGUUACAUCUCACUGGUUUUUUACCCUGUAAAAAGAUAUUUAAAUAAAUAAAUACAAUCCAAACCAAAAUGUCUCGCCUUCAAGUUAAAACUCCCAAUUCCAGCAGCCUUGUGCAGGACUUGUGCAGUGUUACAGUUUCAUAUAGGUUCAGUUCAGUUUCCACGCCAAAGGCACAUCAACAUGUUUAGUGUAAGUGUUUAUUACAGUGCAUGUGUAUAUAUAGUGUACAUCUAACACCUGUCUGCACACUUCUAGCGCUUCCUCGUCACACUCAGCGCUGUAGUCUUGAGUCGGCCUUGGGGGGGGUGUUUGUACAUAUUUCCACAGUUUCUGUUUAUUUGUUGAUAGAAAGUAAAGACACAUUUAGAUGGAGUGCUGUUGUACCAUGAGGAAACAAUGCAGUUUGAAAUCACCACCCCUUCCUUUGUUUAUACCUCAAAUGUUAAAGAAAAUGUAGUUCACUUUUGCAACUUGGGCAUUUUACCCAUAAGUCUUUUGUUUUUUUAAAUGUUGCAUAUCAUUUGAUAGGAUUAAAAAUGGGAUUAACGUUGGGGCAUGCACUUGGCACACCUAUGUCUUGAAGGGGUUUAGUUUUAAUCAGUUACUAAAGGACCUUUUAAUGAGGUUGAGCCACAGAAUCUGAUUUGGUUCCAGUAACACCACAAUGUAUCUCUGCAGAUGUAAGGCAUGCAGAAAGACUGCAUUCAGAGAAGCUGAUCAAUUGCACAGCUGUCCUGUAAUCUGAUCAAAUGCAAUCCCGGUACCCAUUAUUUUUGUAUUUAUUUAUUUUUCUUAAUACAGGCAUGCAAAUUAUCAACAAUUAAAUCCACAAGUCCCUCACCUUGCAAGCUGAACAUGAUAAAAAUGUCCUUAACAGGAAUAGAUUUAGUUUUCAAGUUUAAUAAGUAAAUAGGAACUUUAGUGUUUUAAAAGGAUGGGGGGGUGAAUAUAUACUUUUAUAAAUAUUACUGUUGUUGGGUGUUUGUUGAUUGACGAAUCAUUAAUUUGUGAAAAAAUGUACACAAGCUGUAAUAGCAACAAUGUUCUGUGGUAAUCUGUUUCCUUUGACAAGAAUAAAGUACAAACAGCCGCCCAACUGCAACACAAUUCAUUUGCCAGCGGUGCUUGUGAGUACCUUCCUGUACAAUGAGGUGCUUGCGAGUACCUUCCUGUACAAUGAGGUGCUUGCGAGUACCUUCCUGUACAAUGAGGUGCUUGUGAGUACCUUCCUGUACAAAGCGGUGCUUGCGAGUACCUUCCUGUACAAAGCGGUGCUUGCGAGUACCUUCCUGUACAAAGCGGUGCUUGCGAGUACCUUCCUGUUCAAAGCGGUGCUUGCGAGUACCUUCCUGUUCAAAGCGGUGCUUGCGAGUACCUUCCUGUUCAAAGCGGUGCUUGCGAGUACCUUCCUGUUCAAAGCGGUGCUUGCGAGUACCUUCCUGUACAAAGCGGUGCUUGCGAGUACCUUCCUGUUCAAAGCGGUGCUUGCGAGUACCUUCCUGUACAUAAUUUGUUUGCAAAUAUUGUCCUGAGAUGCUAAAGUUCAUAAUUACAUUUUUUAAAGUAAAUAAUUGUUUAAAAUCUAUUUUGUAAAGAUAUGGAAAGUACAGUAUAAAUUCUGGAGUACAGAUUAAACUAUUUGCACUAACACUUGUGAUGUGCAUGAUUUAAUAAAACAAACUUUACUCUC